UCGCGGCGGGUAUGUAUGGACAUCCGGCUAUGUUCAACCCAGCGGCUUAUCCAUAUAUGCUCCCGAUGAUGAAUUCGGCUCCUCAUACGCCAGUUAGCAAUGCAAUGUCAAACAACUAUUUACAGCAACAGCAGCAAUUGGUUCAACAGCAAGGCUCGCAACAAGACCAACAACAAUCCACUGAUAACGAUGCGCAGGCGCAUGCAUCGCCGCGGGUAACUAUAUCCGAAGCGCAUUCUCCGUCAUCAAUAGGUCAAGUCGAAGUGCAGG